ACAGGUAUAAGGAUGACGUGCAAGGGGGAUGUAAUUGUUUAAAGUGCAUCGUUGAAUUUCACCUUGAAAUUUGGAAGUUUAUAAAAAAAAUGGAAGAUUACUUUCAUAUAGUUAUGCUUCUGUCCUUAUCUACAUCGGCGGUCUACGGUUGCAUGGGAGGAUUCUUAAUUUCAGAGGUAAAUAGUUGCAUCAGAAUACAUCUAAAUUAGUGAUAGAUGAAUUUAAUUAAUUAUUAUCUUUUUUAUGUAGAUGCUGACGAAUAAACUAUAUGCAAAAGCGUUGGGGAGAAUUUUUUGGCUCAUAAGUGUUCACGCUGGAAUGACCCUGAGCUAUUGGCUGACCGAAAUAUGUCAACAAAAUAGUUAUUCCCUAGGUGAAGCUGCUUAUUCUAUUCAAUGGACCGCGAAAGACCCUAAAAUCUCACGGGAUCUGCUUUUUAUCAUUCGACAGUCGAGAAUUCCUCUGAAAUUUAAGGUGGGAAAAUAUUACGUACCUUCUCUACAUCUGCUAAGGAAGUUUAUUUUUACAAUACUGUCAUACACAUCAUCCCUGGUGGCUAUAGCAAGUCGGGAGACCCGGAACUAAUCGGAAAUAUGCGACUAUGUGGCAAGUGCUAUUCCCAUCACCAAAUGCAGAUUAAUGUUGUAAUUUAGAGUUUUUUCGCGAAAGACCUUGAACCAUCGAUCCCAUAAGGUCCCAGGACACCACUUUAUGGAGUUAAAUCCCAGGGCUCCUAUGAAUGUGAAUUGGUGACAAUUGUUAAGACUGUAAGAUGUAAUGAGCAUUCUUAAAAUUAUUGAUCAUGCUAUGUAUAUACAUAUCCUUCGGCCCGAAGGUUUCCAUAUCAAUAAACAACCUGCAGUGUCAAUUCUGAUACUGCGAAAUAAACGCAAGUACGAAAAAAAUGUCGGGACUCUGUGGAAUAUGGAAUCGCCAAUUUGAUCAGCAUUCAAGUGAUGAUAAUUAUCGGUGGGCCAUGCGAAUUCCUCGCUUAGUACUUGGUGCUCUUGGUAUCUGGCCAGAGAUGGGAAAUAGUGGAAUAAAAUUCGUCAUUUGCCUUGCGAUUUAUUUUGUAUUUAUAGUUGUUCCGCGAGUCAUCAUAAUGUUCGACGAGGAAGAAGAUGUGCGGAACCGUUUUCUUAAUAUCAGUACUUCGGUCUACGAUAUUUCCAUAGCAACUAUUGCGGUUCUUUUCUAUUGCAAAUCACAUGGUGUCCGGUCUAUGUUGGGAGAAGUUCGAGAUAUUUGGAAGUCGCCUUUGUCCAGGGAGGAUACCAUAGUUUUGCAUUACUAUGCUCGUUUUUCGAUGAAAAUUCUAACUGUAUAUGGAAUAAUAGAGAUCGUAGUAUACCUGGAUGUUUUGAUUGAUAUCAAUGCAAGUUCACUCGCGGCAAUAAUUAAAGGAGAACAAUGGUCAGCAAAUCAUUACUGGUACCGGUCCGUCUCCUCCAAUGUACUCAUCAAUGUUUUAUGGGCUGCCGCGUGCAGCAUUGCGGUGGGUCUAAGCUGGAUAUUCUUUGACGGAACGCUGAUCGCGUACAUUGUUCUGAUCUCCCACACUAGUGCACAGCUAAAAAUGUUGGGAAACAGGAUAAGUAAAUAUCAAGGGAGAAUCAAUCAUUCAUCAGACGGGGAUACCUCUGCGAGUAUGUACGGAGGUGGCAUAGAGUGUAAUUGUUUAAAGUGUAUUGUUGAAACUCAGGUUCAAAUUUGGAAUUUUCUGAAGAAAGUUGAGGAUCAUUUUCAAAUGGCUCUCCUCAUGAUCUUAUUUGUAGCGAUACUUUACGGCUGUAUGGGAGGAUUCUUAGCUGCAGAGUUGUUAAUAAAACAGGAGUAUGUAAAAGCUCUAGUGGAGCUUGUAUGGUCACUGACCGUUUACGUGGGAAUAACUUUAAGCUGUUGGGUCGUGGACAUAUGUCAAGAAAACAGCCGCUCCCUCGGUGAAGUUGCUUAUUCUAUUCAAUGGACAACGAAAAAUCCAAAAAUUUCACGGGAUCUGCUGUUUAUCAUUCGACAAUCGGCAAUUCCUCUGAAACUUACGGUGGGAAAGUGCUACACACCUUCUCUGAUUCUGGUGAGGAAGUCUAUUUUUACAACACUGUCAUACACAUCAUCCCUGCUAGCUACCUCAAAUCUGCACACCAAUAAUUAAUCUGGGAUUAUGAUAAUUACUAGUGUCUCUAGAUGGCUGUCGAGAAAAUAUUUAUCAGCAGUGAUUAUUUUUCGUUCUCGCUUAAUUUUUAUGUAAAUUUAAUAUGUAAAUGCAAUAUGUAUGGAAUGAAUAAUAAAAAAAAA